AUGGCAAGCGCCGCGGUCGCAACUCAACCAUCGCAACAACACCUGGGCGCUGACCCUCCGUCUCGCACCUCGUCGCCUAUGGACAAAAAGAAGAGUUUGGGUAAUCAGUCAGAGACGUCCUCACCGUUGCAGUCCAAGUCCACCCUACCAGAGUCGCAACCUACUACUACCUCGCUGGCAGAAGACACAAAGCCCGCCGUCGUCCAAGUCACAGAGCCUCUAGCACCCCCGCCGCGACCUGUGCCUGCCAAUCCAGCAGAGACACCAGACUACUUCUCGGCGGUGCACAACAACGCAAGUGGUAUCGGACAAGAAUUCAAUCCCUUUGAACAAUCGUUUGGCGCGCCAUCAACAGAAACUCCUGGCAAGACCCUCCUACCGCCUGUCGCAGCCUUGACAUCUCCUGCCAUCCCCGGCACCAGUUCGACGGGAGGCUACAACUGGCAAAGUUCGCUUCGAUCGGGGCCCUUAAGCCCUGCCAUGUUGGCUGGUCCACAACAAGGCGACUACUUCGACAGUAUCGGCCGUGGCUUCCCCACGCCCAACGAGUCGUCUCUUCGCACUGGCUUGACCCCUGGCGGUGGCGGGUCUAUGUUUCCCGCCCCCAGCCCAAACUCUCAAGCACUCUUCAACUCAUUGCAAAGUGGCGGCGCCACGCCUGGGACGCUUGACUUCCAUCGCACUGCUAUGACAGCAGCUGCCCGGAAUAAGACCAACCAGUUUGCUGUGACGUCGAAUCCACAAGAACCCGUCCCUCAAGCGACCACUAUGGAUGCUCAGCACGAUGCGACUGACGCUGCCAAUGGCCUGUUUAUGUUGGCUAAAGGAGGCCAAGCUAACAAUCAAUUCGCCGUGCCCAACCCAGCUCCCCCUCAAAUGACUGCCCGGAAUGGACAAGAACAGAAACAUAACAGCCGUGCAUCCAUGUCAGGCCCAGAUGAGGGUAGUCCCGAAAGUCAUGAAGAGACCAAGCCCACCACACGCGGUCGCGGCAAGAAGAACACCAAAGCAGAGACCACUAACAACCGAAGGAAGUCCGAAGCUACCACCAAAGGGAGCAACAAACGUAGUAAGGGUAACAAUGGAGCCGCCAACAAUGUGGAUCCUGCUCUUGACCCUCACGAGGAAGAUGAUGACAGCGACGACGAACAGCACGAUAAUGGCAGCAAUAACAGCGGCAGCAGCAGUAAUAAUAAUAAUACGAACAACAACUCCGGUGGUGGCAGUAACAACAAGAAGAUGACGGACGAAGAGAAGCGGCGGAAUUUCCUCGAACGGAAUCGUGUCGCUGCUCUGAAGUGUCGGCAGAGAAAGAAACAAUGGCUGGCCAACCUGCAAGCCAAAGUCGAGAUGUACUCUGCGGAGAAUGACAGCCUCAACACUCAAGUUGCACAGCUCCACGAGGAAAUUCGCAAUCUUCGUACUCUACUGAUGGGCCACAAAGACUGUCCGGUGGGACAUGCUCAAGGCAUCGGACAGUUCCUGAGUGGCAUGCAAGAUCCCACCGCUGCGUUCCCCCAACAGCAUGUUAAUCCUUAUGGCAUGGCCAUGCCGAAUCCGGCGCCCAUGCAACCUGGCAUGCAGAGAACAUGA